UAUGUUUGGUGACCAGACUCUUCUGACACCGCUGGUAUCUGCCUUGCCUGGUCUCAUCUGUAAGACGGCCUCAGUGUACAACCCCAUGAUGUACGCCAUCUCUCACCCCAAGUUCCGCUUGGCCCUGCAGGAGACUCUACCCUGGUUCUGCAUCCACGAGCCCAAGGAAGACGACUCUGCCUGUAGCAAGACCACCGAAGGAGAAUCUCUUCCCGAAAAGAAUUGAAGGAGGUGAGAUCGACCGAUGAUCGUCAAGACAUUACCAGAGACAGCAACUUGCUAUUACCAGACAACAACUUGCUAUUCCCAGACAACAACUUGCUAUUUCCAGGCAACAACUUGCUAUUACCAGACAACAA